GCUGUGGAUGAGGGUACAACUAUACAGAAAUGUACUCAACAAAAUGGCCACCACUAUGGUGGAGUCAAAACAACUGACAAUAUGGACUACCAAGCAUAUAGGAACACAGGGAAGCAUCACAUUUAACCGUAGUCAGAGAGAAAGUAACAUUCAGCAGGAUCGUGGUCAGACCAACUGGCAAACUGUUUGGCAACACAACGGAAGCAAGGGUGCUCCGCUCACAGUACAGUACUCCAGCGGUUUACAAACUACGACUCCCAGAAUUCUUCUGCUUUUACUGUAGGAUUCUGGGAACGAUCUUUCUGCAGCAUUUGGCACAUUGAAGUGUUCCUGAAUCCUUCCUAAAGUGUCAGUGACUGGCAGGCUGAUGAACGACUUAGCACAAAUAAGAUGAAUUAUGUGGGGCAGCUUGCCGGUUCUGUACUCGGCCGAGUGCGUGAGUUAUAUAAGGGUGUCAAUCCAGCAACUUUGUCUGGCUCCAUUGAUGUAAUAGUGAUCAGACAGCCUGAUGGUUCAUUUCGAUCUUCUCCCUUCCAUGUGCGAUUUGGGAAACUGGGCAUACUACACUCAGCUGAGAUGGCGGUUGAUAUAGAAGUAAAUGGAGUACCUGUGGAUCUGGAGAUGAGACUUGGAGAAAAUGGAGAAGCUUUCUUCAUCCAAGAUGUGGAGGAGAAUGAGGUGUCUCAGCCAUCCAUCUCUUCUCCUCGCCUGCCUCAAAACACUUUACUACUUCAUGCCAGUGAUGCUUUACCUGAGGCUGUCCCGGCUUCCCAUUCCCCUCUCUCCCCCGUAGAUACUCCCACCAGGCGGCAACGCUGGGGAAAAAGGGUAACAAAGAAUAGAGGGAAUGAGACACCUGGAGGAGCUGACAAAGAGGCAAACACUACAUUGCCUACAUGUGACUCCAUAUAUUUCUCCUUCUCCGAGGUUGCUGAUGAUAGUUCCUCAUCGCAGUGUAAGGAUUUCCUCAUCUGCUCUGAUGAGGAGUCCUCGCUGUUAUCUACAAGUCGAUCGCCCUCCCCUAAAAGUGACUCUGAACUGGAAUUGAGAGUUCCCAGCUCCCCCUCCUCUGAGAACUGCAUGGAGUGGGACUGGGGGAAGCUUCCACAGGUUUCUCGUCUAGAUUUGGGCCCCCAAAUAUCACAGUCUGCUCCAUCCAGCCCAACCAGGGAGCUUCUGUCACAUCCCACCGACUCACCAGAACUCGGACAGCUUCAUACAAUACAAGAGUGCAAUACCUGUAAUAGUGUCUCAGAAUCUGGAGACAUCUCUGAGGUCCAGGUCCAAAAAGAUGCACACAGUGAAUGUCCAACAUUGAAUCCUGAGGAUGCUUUGUCACCUGACUCACAAGAAGUGUCUCUCUACUUUCCACACAGUGAUCCACAUCCCCCACCCCCACCUCCUCACUACAAGGAGGAUUCAGAGCAAAUAUCGGAGGACAGCAUGGAACCAUUUAUGACUUGUGUGGAUAUGUCACUGUGUGGAGGCCUUACAGAUACCUGGAACAUUCCUGAGGAAAGGUUUCUAAAGUACAAGAUCUCAUACUCGGAUUUCUGCCAAAAUCCUUCUCUCAUAGACAAUCCAAGGCUGGUGCUGCGGAUACACAACAAGUUCUAUAACUGGGCAACUGCCGCCCCUAUCGUACUGUGCAUGCAGGCGUUCAACCAGCAGCUGCCCCAGAGAGUGAUGGAACAGCUUAUUCAACAGAAGAUGCCCCCUCGGAGUCGAGGAUGGUGGUUUUAUUGGCGCAGGAGGAGUUUGCCCAAUCAAGCGUCAGUAUCAAAUGCUAUGGAAUAUGUGGAGCAGAUGGAGGAUUCCAGCCCCGGCAGAUUAACUAAAGAGAACAUAGAAAAUGGCAAAACACCUUUAGAAAUUCCAAUACAGCCUCCCCCAUAUUGGAAAUCCCUACGACUGACAUCUGAGCAGAUAAGAAGUUUAAACUUACAUAGCGGAGCUAAUGAGGUUGUGUUCAGCGUCUGCACUAAAUUUCAAGGCACUUGUCGGACUCGAGCAGAGAUAUACCUAUGGGAUAGCACAGAUCGUGUCAUUGUGAGCGACAUUGACGGAACAGUGACCAGGUCUGAUGCCCUUGGUCACAUUUUGCCACAGCUGGGAAAAGACUGGACUCAGCCAGGGAUCGUGCAGCUCUAUAACACCAUCUACAUGAAUGAUUACAAGUUCCUGUAUUGCUCUGCACGCUCUGUGGGUCUGGCAGAAAUUACUAAGACCUACCUGAAAGGGGUGCGUGAAGGUGGCUGCACUCUUCCUCCAGGACCUCUCCUCCUAUCUCCAAGCAGUCUCUUUGCAGCCCUUCACAGGGAGGUUAUAGAGAAGACACCAGAGCACUUUAAGAUUGCUUGUCUCUCCGACAUCCGCCAGCUCUUUACAGACCCCCAUCCUUUUCAUGCUGCCUUUGGGAACAGACCCAAUGAUGUCCUAGCCUACAGGGAAGUAGGGGUUCCAGAGUCACGGAUCUUCACUGUGAACCCAAGGGGAGAAUUGACGCAGGACUUGAACUCAAGCUUUAAAUCCUCGUACUCUGCUCUGAGUGACUUGGUGAAUUUCAUGUUCCCUCAUCCAUCAUCUCACUCUGUCUCAGCUCUGAUCUCUCCGGAGUUUAGUGACUUCUCCUUUUGGAGGGAUCCACUAACCAAUCUUGGCGAAGAAGAACUUGCACUCAUUUCCUAAAGACUAGAUACCACAUUCCCAUUUAUAUGUCUAUCCAACAGCUGAAUAAAGACAUCAGAAACACCCUGUACCAUUUCCUUCUACCCAAUCCACAGACCUUCAGUAACUGCACAUAUAGUGCACCACCUGUCUCAGCGUGGGCAUAUACCGCACCCCUCAGCAAUCCAUUCACAGCACACAUGGACAUAAGACUUAUACACGGAGUCAGAGACCUUUAUUACAUCACAAAUAAACGACUUUCUCCUUA